CAUCAUCAUCAUUCCCACCCCAUGAAGCUUCUUUCUAAUCUCAUCGUUUUCCUCUCUCUAUAAAUCUUUCUCUUAUUUACAUACAUCACACUAGUUGGAUUAUAACGGGAAAGUGUUGUUUGUGUUGCGUAGUACAGCAUGAGGAAGCCCGAGUCUGGAAAAAACAACAACAAUAACAAGCUUAGGAAGGGGCUGUGGUCACCGGAAGAAGAUGACAAGCUCAUGAACUACAUGCUAAACAAUGGACAAGGUUGUUGGAGUGAUGUCGCCAGGAACGCUGGCUUGCAAAGAUGUGGCAAAAGUUGUCGCCUUCGCUGGAUCAAUUACUUGAGGCCUGAUCUCAAACGUGGUGCUUUCUCUCCCCAGGAGGAACAGCUUAUCAUCCAUCUGCAUUCCCUUCUUGGCAACAGAUGGUCCCAAAUAGCGGCGCGCUUGCCCGGGCGAACCGACAACGAAAUCAAGAAUUUCUGGAACUCCACAAUAAAGAAAAGGCUCAAGCUCAUGUCAUCCACCACCACCGGCUCACAAAAUGCAAGCGAGUCCUCUUCCAUAUUAUCUGAGCCUAAUAUCAAAGACCUCAACAAUGUCAUGGGAGGUUUCAUGCCUAUGUUCAACAAUAACAUAAUUGAGAGAUUGCCUAUGAUUGAGAAUGGACUAAACGCGCAAGUAGCUUCUGACGGAUUCUUCAACAGCAAUGGAGGGCCUUGCUUCCCACAAAACGGAGCUGACCCUAACAUCAAUAAUGGUUUCUACGUAGAAAAUGGAGUCUUCGGGAUUGGGAGUGUAAAUAUUGGAGCAGAAGGGGAGCUGUUUGUGCCUCCUCUGGAGAGUGUUAAUAACCCUAUAACUGAUAACCUGCAGAAACUGGAGAAUAGAGACACUAACGUUAAUAGUUACUUCGAUAACAUAAACAGCAUCGUUAAUAACUGCAACAAUAAUAGAGGUGGGGUGGAGGAUCUAUUUCAGGAAGAGUUAACCUUGGGAGAGUGGGACUUAGAGGACUUGAUGAAAGAUGUUUCAUCCUUUCCCUUUCUUGAUUUUUCAAGCUGAACCUUCUUCAAAACUGCCAGACCCGUGAUUAGUAUCCUAUUGGCAUGGACAGAUCUCUUCUCAAACCUUGUAAUGUUUGUGUUUUUGCCAAUAUGCCGUACGUCAGGCACAGGUCAGAUUCAAAGAUUACUGUAGUCUCGGUAACUAGGUCUGAAAUAAAGGUCAUAUAUCAUACCUGGGUAUACUCGCGGUGAUCGUAUUUGUGUAUAAUCAUAGAGCAUUUGAUCCAGGUAGCUUUAAUUUGUAUCUCGGAAACCAUGUAGCUACAAUAAACUGUCAUAUAUACUUGUGAAUACAAAUAGUUAUACAUUAUUUUUUGGGUCAAAUUCUGUGAUAUAUUAUAAUUAAUAGCUCAACUAAGUUGUACAAAGCAAUGUUGGAAUGUUCCACAUUAUUGUUGGGCGUAAAAUUUUCCCUCUUCA